AAAGUUCCUUAGGAUGUAAAGUCUAGCAAAGUCUCAGGGCGGGGAGCAGCGUGGGUCCCAGGCCCAGUCGCUGGGAUCUCCUGCUGGCAGCGGCGAGAAGCAGGACCGGCUCCGCUGGAACUUUUUUUUCUCCUCCCAGGCGACGUCCGUCCGAUGGGUGUGUCGGGCAGGAGGUGAUAUUUGAAGGGCUGCGGGCGAGCCUCGGCGGACCAGGGCGCGCGGAGCAGGGGUGACAGCAUGGCCUCCCGGGACCCGCCGCCCGCCACCAGCUACGCCCCGCCCGACGUGCCCUCCGGGGUCGCGGUGUUCCUCACCAUCCCCUUCGCCUUCAUCCUGCCGGAGCUGGUAUUCGGGUUCUUGGUCUGGACUCUGGUGGCUGCCACACAGGUAGGCAACCCCCUGCUGCAAGGAUGGGUGCUGUACGUUUCGCUCACCUCGUUCCUCAUCUCCUUCAUGUUCCUGAUGUCUUACGUGUUAGGAUUUUACAAGCGAUUUGAGUCCUGGAGAGUCCUGGACAGCCUGUACCAUGGAACCACUGGAAUCCUGUACAUGAGUGCCGCUGUCUUGCAAGCACAUGCCACGAUCGUGUCUGAGAAUGAGGACUCGAAGAAGUACUACAUCAACACUGCAGCCUCAUUCUUUGCCUUCAUCACCACCCUGCUCUACAUCCUGCACGCCUUCAGCAUCUAUUACCACUGAAGUGCUGGGGAGCCAUGCCCAGUGAAUGCUCUCUGAAGGCCCAGGUGAUUAGCUCCGAAAGCAGGCUUCGCCAUUUGCCAUCUGGGUGACAAAUGGAAGAUACACCAAGCCACCCAAUGGGGUCAGAAGCCCAUCUUUCCAGAAUGUGUGAGAAGACUCACUUGGACACUUUCUCUUUGGACACUUUCUCUCCUUAUGAUGAAUAUGAAAAAGCUAUUUUUCCUUUUCCUAGGAAGAUAGCUGCCUCUUACAAUUUCCUGACCUAGGAACCCAGCUUUUCUAGAAAACUAACUUGAAGCCUUCACUGUUCAAAUUUCCAAUUUGGCUACUGUCACAUCUAUUUAGGGAUUUUCUCCCCUCAGCAAUGGUGCUUCUACAGUAGGUUUAGGAAAUAUUCAAUCUUAUUUUCUUAAACUGCAAAGGCUCUGUGAAGAGCUAACACCCGUGCACAUACCGUUUCUGCUCUGAGGCAGUGCUCCAGACCUGCCCUCCUCCUCCAGUUGUGGCCAGUCCCUUUGCUCCCCCAAUGUCUCUGUCCUUCCCAUAGUCAUCUCUGAUACACCUGCCCAUCACUUCCCAGUAGUUCACAGGGGAGAGGAAUAUAUGUGUGUGAUGUUUCCAUGGUGAUGCUGGACCACACUGCGUAGAGGCUUAACUACCAGGACAAGAGCAAGUACACUGCCCAUCUCUUCUUCCAUCCCACCCCCUCCUGCCACUGUGUUAGGAUCCAAGGAAAAUCUACAUAAAACCAAUACUGAGGGUAGAUUUGUGAGAGGAAUAAGUGAUUGGGGUUGGGGGUCAGAAAGAGAAGAAGUCAGCCACUCGGGAACUGCAGGAGUCCAUGUACCUGUGUUGGGCCUCCAAGAUCAACCUCCUAAGGACUAGAUGCUUCCUUGUCCUGCAGAAAAGACUUCAGCAAAGGAGAUUUGGAUAUGGUAUCCACAGAUUUACCUCUGGGCUCCUCCCAGAAGCACAGAGAAGAAGCAGUUGUCACAUCAUUGUAGGAGCUGUGAAAGGACCCCUCGGGGGUCUAUGCUCACAGCUGUUGCCCCCCUCUUCUUGGGGGCCCUCUGGGUAGAGCUCCUCUACAGGACUCCCCAGGAUUCAUCCUGGAAGGACAUUUGCGUAUCGGGGCCAUUUUCUAAGACCAGGACUUGUUGCACAAACAAAAGCAUCAAAUCAAAGUGCUUGACUUCAAAGCAAGUCAGGCCCUCCAUCCUAUCCCCAUCUGCGAGGGUCUCAGCCCUUUGCCAAGGGCCUCUGCAUGGCUGAGUUUCCUGACCCAAUAGGCCAACAGGACACAGCUUUGCAACUGCCUAAAUAAAUUAUUAUGUAAAAGGGACUUACUUGCUUUAAAUGAAUCUAACUUUUCUCCAAUCCAGGGGUUGGGGGGAGUGGACAGAUGGACUUGGCUUCACUAUGGUUUACUAGUCACAUACUAAUUGCCCUGAUAUCUUGAAAAGCCACCAUUUAUCUCCCAUUUUGUAGUCUGGCAGCUGUCUGCAAUGAUCACCGUUGAUAUUUACUGAGUGGCCACAUGCAAAUAAAUGAUGUUUAUAAAA